AUGUCUGGUCCCAAGCAGUUCAUUAAAUUUCCUACCUGCAUUUUAUUGGGGCUACCGCUGCUCACCGAAGACCACCUCACCAGCACGAUGGGCAUGAAGCUGGGGCCGGCGCUGAAGCUGCGCUCUAUGCUAGCGAAGCGGCUGGGCUCCUGCGGCGUGUGCCUGCACUGCAGCCACUGCCACGGCAGCAGGUCGCCGGAGCACGGCGCCAGAGUUUGGUCAGAUACGACCAUAGAGCAGACUCUAGGUGGUCUGAAUCGAGGAAUAGGAAUAACUGAUUCUGCUCCACCGGAGUCGGUUUGUGGGUCUGCUGGAGCAGCCGGAAUCUGCUCGUCAUUAGAAGAGUUUGCAGAAAAUGCGAAUAAUUCUCAUCUGAUCUUCCACCAAAGCUGUGAAUUGAAAAUAAAGCUAAUAGGCCAAAAGAGCACUAGGAAGAGAGGAGAAAGAGAGGAGAAAGAGAGGAGCAAAAGAGGAGGAAGAGAGGAUAAAGAGAGAAGAAAGUGA